AUGGAUAUUGAUGUCAAAUGCUGUUGCUGUACUGAAGAAGAUGAAACUCUGGAGCACCUCAUGUUCCACUACUCAAGAGCUCAAAAUGUAUGGAAGCUUGCUGGGUUGAGCUGGGAAUGCCUGGCUUCAAAGGAAAUCACCUUCACUGAUUGGUGGUCUCAGCUAUGCUGUUUGCAGGACUUAAAGCACAACAAGAACAGAAUUUCACUCUCAGUCUAUCUCCUGUGGUGGCUAUGGAGAACGAGGAACAUUUGUAUAUUUGAGAAAGAAGUGAUUUAUGAGCAGCAACUAGUUGAUAAAGCUAAGAUGGAAUGGUUGGAAUUUGAGGAUGUCAAUUACGGUCAUCUUCUGCUCAAGCCCAGGAUUGUAGAUUCUUUGUCCUACUCUGAUGAGAACCAAGGAAUAGGGGAGCAAGCUCUUGCUGCCAGUCUUAAUGGCCCUCACUCAGAGUUUAGUGCAAUUAAGGGGACAACUUACCAGGCAAAUAUUGAAGUGGCCUGCUGGACUAAAUCUACUAAGACCAUGCAACAAAAAUCUUCUGAUGCAUUUCUUCUCGAACUCAGGGCUUGGUUGGAGGAAGGGCUUAGACUAAACCGGGAGAAGAUUGUGCUGCAUAAAUUAACGGCAAAGAAUACUGAUGAGGGUUCAACUAACCCUCAGCCCCCCCAGCCCAGGCUAGCCGUGGCCCUGCCUGGUGAGCCCAGUCUAGCCGUGGCCCUGACUGGCUCGUGCCCCGGGGGACCCACCGACUCGAAUGAGUCCCACAGUGGACUCAUGGCCUUCCACACUGCUCAAGUGUGGUUUUUGCCCUCCCCAGGAUUCGAACCUGUGACCCUGAGCAUAAGACUUACACGACUCAUAUGGCUUAAUGUCACAUAUCACACGAGUCAUGUGAAAAAAGACAAAGCUCAAUUCGAAUUUUCCCUCUGCCACACGACUGUGUAG